UGAAGUGACUUGUCACAGUGAGUGAGUUUUGCUGUCGCGCUGGUCGCGAUCUAAAGCUGUUUCAGAAGUAAGGUACACAUUUACUUGUAGUCGACGACAAUCAUGUCUACAAUGAAGGUUUUUGUGUCAGUACUGAUGUUCUUGGUGGGUGUGCAGAGCGAUAUGUAUCUUCACAAUCCAAGGGGUAGUAACAAUCGACUUGAUGAGGCAAAGAGAGAAAGAAACAAUGGAAACAGAUUAUUCGACUCUCAGAAUAAUAACCGAGGUGGAUACAAUGUUGGCAGUCUGGCCUACAUGGCUGGCUCAGUUCUUCAGAUUGAAUGGACCAAUCAGCACAGCUGUUCUGACCCCAACGCCAACUGUGAAAUUAUCCUUCAGUACAUGUGUGGAGAUCUGGUCAGGGAUGGAUCAACAACAAGUACAAUCCCAGAAUAUCCAAGCAACUGUGCCAACUAUGACUGUAAUCAGGAUAUUGAGUUUGGUAUGCAUGAAAGCUACGAUGAGUAUCUCAACUGCAAGCUAAGAAAGAGAGAGGCUAAUCUAUUCACUGCCGAUCAGAACCUGAAAGGCGAUUCUGCAAGAUAUACCAGACAAAACCCUAAGGGUACCCGGCGAGGGUAUGAGUGCCCAGAAGAGCGUGACUAUUACCCCUACUGGGGACCAUCCUCUUGGAGGGAUAUUGCGAUUAUGACAAACGAUGCCACGAGGUGCCCUUAUUUCCAAGCCGAGAGUGCUAAUGUCAAAGCUCGCUAUGGUUGCAGGCUUCCUAUGGCGAUGCUUCAAGCAAACUUGAACUCGCGUCAGGCCAUCAUCCCAAUCACUCAAGAAGAAUGUGAGGCCGUUGUGUUCCCAGAGGAUGCCGGUGAUGAAGGCACCAGGGGAGUCUGGGCAGAGAUCCCGGCUCAUGGUAUCGAGGCGCCAGACUGUAGAGAGAGUCAUUGGUCUCGUGAUAAUCACCUUGGUAACGGUGUAUCUGGAGAGACGUUGUCCUAUAAUUGGACUCUACCUAACAUUGAGCAUGAGAGAUGUGCAAUGAGGAUCAGGUACAAUAUUUCUACUGGUGAAUAUAACGGGUGGGAUGGCGCUGUAAAUGCUUCGCUUAAUGCACAGAGGAAUCAAGAAAGCACGUUGGAUGUCACAUCAAGGUUUGAAUUUGCCACUCCUGCAGAUGGGGAAGCCCGUGGAUAUGUUUAUGAAAACAACCCAGAAGUGGACGUGUUUGGAAACGUUCCAGGGACAACUAACAGAAACUUUGAGCUCCGUCUUGCAAUCAAUACGGCCCAGCUUGGCAGAACUUUCCAAGAUAGAUCCCACACUUUUGCCGUUCGGAAACGACCAGCCUCUGUCCCACAGGCAGCUACCAUACGUAACUUAAACGUCCGUGGAAAGCGAGGAAACAUUGUUCAGGUGUACCCAGGUGUGGAGUAUGACUUUGUGCCGAAUACUGUGGAGACUAUGCCUGGAGAAUACAUACAUGUUCAAUGGACCGGUUCAAACACCAACCCCAACAACAAUGACGGCCAAGGUCUACCAGGCACAGAUCGUUCUAACCUUGUGAUGCUUGAGAAUCAGGUCUACACAGAGGGCAGUCUGGCGUAUUACACUCCCUACUCUAAGAAUGGACACUUCGGCAGGAGCUACCCCCUCAACUUAGAUGAUACUACCUUCCUUGGAUUCAGCCGUGCGGAGCUGGAGGACAUGGCUGUGCUGAGUAGUCAUCAAUUUCGUGGUGAGAUGUCUGAAUUAGACGAUGCCGGAACCUUCUACGAUUCCAAGCCUCUGGCCGUCACCAGCACCGGACACUAUCACUACAUGUGCACCAGGAAUAACAACUUCUCUAACCGCAGUCAGAAGGGACGUAUUGUGUCUAAAGACACUCCUGUACAGUAUACUGCUAUAGGAUGGACAGGCGGAAAAGUUGAAACAAACAAUGGAGUCCUAGAGUUCACCCAAGGAACCUUGGACCAUCUUGAAGACAUCAAGAUGGAGGAAUGGAGUCCCGAGCAAGGCCACGAAGCCGUCAAGGCCAAGGGUGGUGAGGACAACCUCCCCGGUGAGUACUACGAGAGUAACUUCGUGGUCAUCACACCCGUCGAGAAGUUCACUGUGGAGAAUAGAAUGUUUAACGUCCGCAUCAAGCUGAACGAGGCCAACACGGACACGGUCGGGGUGUACCGCAGCGACCCCGGUACCCUCAACAACUGGGUGAAGAUCGAGUCUCAGAUGGAAGGGCGGGAAGCUGUAUUCUCCGUCGACCAAGGAGGGGUUUACGUCAUGCGAGGCGUUGCCAACGGGGGUGCUGUUGCCGGUAUCGUUGUAUGUAUUAUCGCACUCGUCGUUGUGGUUGGGGGGUCAGUUUUCUAUUUCAGGAAACACCCAGACAAGUGGGAUAAUUUAUCCAAGACAUGCAGGUCACUUACUUCCUCCACCAACAGUCGGGUAUAAAAUGACACUAAGAGAAACCCUGGCCUACUAUCAUACUUUCCACCAUCUUGAUCAUGUACCCUUUGUAUCAUAGUGUUAAUGAAUAUCGUUGGCAUCAUUACAAAAAGGUACCAUACUAUUUAACCCCCUAGCCUCAUUUUGAUCAUAAUUUGGUUGUACUGGGAUAAAUGGCCAUCAUAGGUCAUCCAGGAAUACAUAUUUUUGACCAACCUAUGCAAUGUUUAGAGAUUCCAACAACAAUAAUCAUUUUUAAAACAAUCUAUGUUCAACUAGUCAUAUUCUUAAUUUUGUAUGUGUUAUCAUCUUCAUAAUUAUUAUGAUGUAUGUUAUUUUUAUACGUGUUUACGGUUUGAACCUGCCAUUCAGUAUUUUCCACCUGGCAGUGUUGUUUUUUUUUCAAGUAGAUGUAUUAAUAUAUUUAUUCACAUGAACAAUUAUUUUACCUGCACAUUAACAUUUUUUAGAAUGUUGAUUUUCUGGCAUACUAUUUGAUAAAAUUUUUAAUUAAGAACUUUAAAGUUUUUAAUUUUAAAUGAUCAAAGUGCUGUGCUAGAUAAGUGGAAGAUUUGAUUCGGUUUCCUUCAAGCCACUCCUUAAAGUUUCAGAAGCAUCCCAGGUUCUGCCAUGAGUUUAAUUCAAGUCAAACAAAUCAGUGAAUCAGUUUAUACUUGCCCACAACCUGACAAGACCUUCAUAAGCUCUCCCCAAUGAGCUUCCAUGGCAUCUUCAUUCCAGUUAUCUUAUGUACCACCAAAAAUGUCUUUAUGUUAACCUUACACGUUUUCAUAAAUAAUUUUUCGCAUAAAAAGAACUGCCUGUUCCCCUUCAGUUGCUCCCCAACCCCCUUUUCUUCCUCACAUUCCUACAUUCAUCAUCUAUGCUUUCUCUAACAAACCUCUCAACAUCCCUACCACAUCCCUUUAUCCCUUGAGCAACCCCCCCCCAAUUUCCUUCCCUUCCCACCCCUCCCCCAAGCAUGUUGAAUUUAAUUAACACUCCCCUCUCAACACCUCUCCCCAUCCCUCCCCUUCCCCAUCCCCCUUUCUAUCUCUUUCUUCCCCUUCCCUUCCCUCCCUAGCAUCCAACACCUUUAACCAUCCCUCACUCUCCACCCUAUCCCUCCCUAUGUACCUUCCCCUACCCAUCCCCUACCAACACCUUUCCCCCACCCCAAUAUUACCUGUUCCUGAUGUUCAUCUAUUAUUUCACAGUGUCUAUCUGCCUUUCAACCCCCCCCCCCCCCAUCCCCACUAUUAACAAUUUCAUUUCUUAAUUCCUUACAAUGGGUGCAAUAUUCCCGAAAGAGUGCUAAGAUUUACCCUCGAAUUGCAGUGCAUCUGGCACUGCCAAUCAACCAGUCUACGUAAAACCACUGAACAACAAAAGUAUCAGUACUGAGUUACUAAGGCAUUGCAUGGGGUAUCAAUGUUUAACAGUACAACUAUGUACAUGUAAUAUGCGGUAACAUCGUGUAGUUUUAUUUCUAUUUUGCUGUAUAUAUUUGUUCUUGGGAACUUGUCUUGCUAUUAAAUAAUUCAGAGCAGGGAAGACUACUUACACCACCAAUAAUAGCUAUGUUAUUUGGAUCAUAAAUCUAUUACUUAUGGUGUUAUCUCUUAUCAUAUUGUUCACCUUUUGGUUUGACCUUAUGGAGUUCUAUUUCAAUUAAGUUCAUUAUUUUUAUUAGCAGCCCUCCGUUUCUACAACAUGUAUACAAACAGGUUUUUCAUUGUGAAUGUGGCUGCUUCAUCGGGACCAAUCUCUAGCAUAGGGUCGAAAAGCAAUUGAGUCUGGUGGAUAUGUGAUCUGUGCAAUGCAUAUUGAGCUUUAAAUAGAAGUCGGGCCAAUAUUAAACUCUCUCUUGGAUGGGAUUUCUGUCAUCCAAGCAUGGCCGAUCAAACAAGUAACCCCAGAGGCAAAUCUGAAAUUACAACUAGCUUCAAGAAAACAUGCUUUCUCCCAAACAAAUCUUGUGAUAUGUGGUAAUCGAUACUAGAUAUUAGGUUUAUAAGCAAUAUACUUUACAGAAUUGUCAGGAGUGUUGUAAGACAUUGAACAAGGAAAGGAUGUAUGAUCACUCCUAAAAUCUAUUGUUCAGUAGCAGGCCUCGUAAUAACCCAUGGCACACACAACUAUUGCUGUGGUGCCCUGUGCUCUUGCUGUCAUACCCUUUGCAAAGUUCCAAGACAAUUGUAUUUAUUUUUCUCAUAAAAGUGCUUAUUACCAGAUGAGUUAUUGCUAUGUCCUUUCAGUACGAAAUUCAAGGCCUGCAAUAGAUUUGUAAAAUUAUCAAUUAAAAGACUUGAAGGCUUGCACAAAUUGGAAAGGCAAUAAAGAUUUGCAAAACAACAUGUACUUGUUUUGAGUGAUGGAUGGUUCUGAGAAGAACCAAUGGACUCAACGUUUCGGUCAGUCUACCCUAUCAACAGGAUACACCAUUCUUCUCAAACACCUCUAUUAAGAUUAAGAAACAUUGAUUGGAAUGCGUGUAUUACCUCAGUUUGCGGUAGUUCCACUACAACAUCAAUUCAGCGUACAGAUUAAUUGAAUGAAAACACUAAAAUGGUCGAAGGUGUUGCCCUUAGUCAAAAACAUUUAAUAACACUUCAAACAAUCGUGUAUUUAUAGUGCCUUAUUCUCUAUAUAAAUUUAAAAACAAAAAUGGUAAAGAAUUUAUGUAAGUAUUUUGACAGCGUCUUUCUUGGUUGUAAUAAUGUGAAUUUUAUCAGAACUAACUCUAUUACAAUGUAUUUUACAAUCAAAUGCAUUUGGGAAUUAGUCAGAAACUUUAAUCAAUAAUCUAUCUAGUACUUAUUUGUGUAUAUUCGGCGGGUUGUGUAUACGUUUUCUGUUUUCUUUUUCUAGAAUGCACUGUCUCAACUUAAAACAUUCCGAUUAUUAAUUACUGUCAGUAUUUCAUAUUUUCCUUUACAAUCCGCUGGUCGGAAAAGAAUGAUUUCAUCAGAUCAUGUAUUAAUCAAAUCUUGGAAUAAUAAAUGUGCUAGAAUAUACUCUUGAUUUUUAUAGCUGUACGUUAUUUGAUAUUCUUGUAAUAAAAUUCAACAUUUCACCUAA